GGUUAUCAUCUGAUUUUGACGUCUAUUUGUUUUCAGUUGACGUUUACCUUGCUAAAUAAUUUCCUCAAUUUUUCCCAUAGCUGAAUUUGAAAACUAACUUAAUUCCAGUGCAAGAAAUUAAUAUUAUGGGUAAACAACAUUUAUAAGCUUUAAAACAUCUAACAUGAGAUCAGCAACUAAAAAUCCUCUACUUAAAGUAGUAAUAUUGGGUGACGGGGGAGUGGGCAAAAGCUGCUUAAUGAACCGAUUUGUAUCAAACGAAUUUGACGAGCAUUCUUUUCACACUAUCGGUGUGGAAUUUUUAAAUAAGGAUUUGGAAAUUGAUGGACAGACGUACACGUUACAAAUUUGGGACACUGCAGGACAAGAGCGAUUUAAAACUUUAAGAACCCCAUUUUAUAGGGGAAGUGAUAUUUGUAUGUUGACCUAUGCUAUUGAUGAUAAAGCGAGUUUUAAAAACUUAGAGAUAUGGCGGACAGAGUUUAGUUAUUAUGCAGACCUUAAGGACAAUAAUGCAAUCCCCUUUAUAGUUGUAGGAAAUAAGUCAGACGUGUCAAGUGAACAUAGAGAGGUUUCCAUGCUAGAAAUGGAAACUUGGUGCAAUGAGAACCAUAUCACUUCUUGCAUAGAAACCUCAGCGAAAAACGCCAGCAAUGUCCAAGAAGCUUUUAGGAUGGCUGUGCAGCAUUGGAUAAGGCUAGAAUCGCGAGCAGACAAAAAUCAGACCAUAGUCAAUGAUACUGUUAAUUUGUCUAAAAACCAAUCAGAUGUUAAGACGUCGUGCUGUGGUGGAAGUGGAGAUGAGACAAACUAAUUUUGUAAAACCAAAAUGUCCAUUUUGUUUAUCUACCUUUGGUGCCUAUUUUUUAAUUCGAAAUAGCCUAACAUCCGACAUUGACGAUUGGCUGCAGUAUAUUAUUUUUUUAUAUGAGAUUAAGUAGUUUUAUAUAAUCGAUAAUAAGCAUUACUUUUCACAACCCUGAAUAUACAUUCUGUUAUGCAAAUAUAGACACAUCAGUUUAUUACAUAUUUACGUUCUCAUUGUAUUCUUACUUACACAGGUACUUUGUGGACGGAAUGUGAUUGUUUCAUAUCAAUAAAUUUGGCGUAGCGUGCGGAUUAUGAAAGUAUUAAUGGUGAAUGGUCAGUAUUCUAUGAAAUGAAUGAUGGAUAUUACGUAUGAAAAGAGGGAAUGGCUUAAGACACGAAUCAUAGCUUUUAAACAUUGAUAUAUAGAAGGUGCUUAAACUAGUUUACAGCUGUAAAUGGUGCGUAUUGUGUUAUUAAUAAGUAGGUAUUCCACUUUAUCAAAAAAGACACAUCUUUCAACGAAACAUUAAAAAACGUUUGUAUGCUCGUUUUUCAUUACUAUUUUGUUAAGGUAUAUGAAGGAUUAUUUAAUUCUAGUAAUCAAGGCAAGGAAUAAAAUAUUGUGUAACUCAAAUUAGCAUUUUACUUCUACAUCUUCUGAUCCAUGUAAUAUAGUAAAAUGUGUCUUUAGCUAGUAGUGAUAAAUGACAGUUUAAAUUCAGGCACUGCAUUGUAAAACUUAAAACACGCAAUCAACAACGAUCCGAUUAAUUUUUACUAAAUUAAGUAUCGAUAGUAUUGUCUGUUUUCCAUUGAGCAAAGCUGAAAUUUGUUAAAUUCCCACAUUGUGACAUGUUUGAUGUUCAAAAUCGUUGCGUGCAUUUAAUAGCUGUGAGCUUUUGCAUUAUAUGAUGAUUCAUGUAAUCAUAAUUCAAUGUAAUAAAAUGUCUAUAAAGUUAAA